CGGUGGCUGCCUAUAACAAGGAAGCGGCGGGGAGGUCAAAGGGAAAUCUAGUGUCUACGGGUCUCGUGCGGGGUCUUUUUUGGUUUUCCUUCGUCCCCCUCGGCUGCCUUUGCUUCUUUCCGUUUCAUGAAUUCCGCCGCCGUUCCAGGCGUCCCGAGUAAGCUGGCGGGCUCUGCUGCUUCCCCCUCGGCUACUUCGGCCCCGGCAGCAAAGUCCUUUUUCAGGCACGUGCGCUACGAGAACCUGUUGGCCGGGGUGAGCGGCGGCGUUGCCUCCACGCUGGUCCUUCACCCGCUGGAUUUGGUCAAGAUCCGCUUCGCAGUGAGUGAUGGCUUGGAGCUGAGACCAAAAUACAAUGGUAUCUUGCAUUGUUUGUCAACCGUCUGGAAACAAGAAGGAUUACGUGGUCUGUACCAAGGAGUGAUUCCAAAUGUUUGGGGUGCGGGUGCCUCUUGGGGUCUGUAUUUUUUCUUCUACAAUGCUAUUAAAGCCUACAAGACAGAGAAUAAGAUGAAAAACCUUGAAGCAAUUGAACAUCUAGUGUCAGCAGCUGAAGCUGGCGUGAUCACUUUGUGUAUUACAAACCCAAUAUGGGUAACCAAGACUCGGCUUGUGUUACAAUAUGAAGCUGGCGCUGACCUGUCAAAGAGGGAGUACAAAGGAAUGUUUGAUGCUCUUAUUAAAAUAUACAGGCAUGAAGGUAUACGUGGGCUAUAUAAGGGAUUUGUACCUGGUUUGUUUGGAACUUCACAUGGGGCCCUUCAGUUUAUGGCUUAUGAAGAUUUUAAAUCCCGAUAUAAUAAAUAUAAAAAUAGACCAUCACAUAUGACACUG